UCUUCAAACGAUGCCCCUCACAUUUUCACUUCCAACUCCAAGACACUAUCCACCAUGGAAGUGCCAUUUGAUGCAGAGUUGAAGAUUCAAUCCUCUGCCUCUGUUUAUUCUUCUUCUUCAUCAUCCCCUCCGGAGUCGACCGGACUUAAGUCCCGCAGAGCGAAAAAUGCUAAUGAAAGCAAGAGAAAGGUUGAAAAUGAUGGGAAACAUCCAACGUAUAGGGGAGUUAGAAUGCGUCAAUGGGGCAAAUGGGUGUCUGAGAUUCGUGAACCGAGGAAGAAGUCGAGAAUUUGGCUAGGAACAUUUCGUACAGCCGAAAUGGCAGCUCGAGCACAUGAUGUAGCAGCUCUUGCGAUUAAAGGCAAGUCAGCUUAUCUAAAUUUCCCUGAUAUAGCCCAUCAGCUUCCCCGUCCAGCUAGUGCAUCACCCAAGGAUAUCCAAGCUGCUGCUGCUAAAGCUGCCUCCCUCAGUUGCAUGAAGAGCCGUGAAGUUGAAGCUCCGUCUCCGGCAACGACUGUGACAUCUCAGGGCACUCACCAGUCAUCUCUAAUCAAUAAUGAUGAAGCAUUCAUUGACCUCCCAGAUCUCUUGCUGGACAUGAAUCUUCAAAUGGAUGAGUUGUGGAGCUCAGUCUCAUGGAAACUCGCUGCUGCAACAGAUGAUGCUGUUGAAAGUGGGCUUGAAUACGAGGAGCCUCGCCUUUGGGAAUAUUGCUAGCAAGUUCAUUUUUUUUUCUUCAAAAUUCGACCCCCAAGCAAGA